AUGCUAGCUCACGCGAGCGACUCGGAGCGACGGCAGCUGGAGUCGUUUUACCCUGAACUACGGAGCGGCACGGACGACUUUGAUGAGGUCCCAAUGGACGGCGAUGAUUUGGCGACGAUCGACUUGGACGACCCUCCACUGUUCUUCCUCCACGUCGGUCGCGACUGGCUUGAAGCUGACGUCACCACGUCGACUAACAGCAUCGAUUUCGGCCUUAUAGGCUGUCAGCUCUCUUCCGCUGAUUUCGUCGGCUUGCGCGAGGUACCGCACGCGGCGGCCUCCGCAGAUCUCCCCUCCGCGGAUCUUCAUCUCCAACCGCCGACUUCCGCCGCCAAAUCCGCUUCCGCAGCAGCCGCCGCCGCCGCCGCCGCUUCGCGACGCCCGCGUGCCUUCUUAUCGUCGCUGCUCGUGCCCUCCGCUAAGCUCGCUGGCGGCGCAGCGACGCGCAAGUCCGCGUCGGGAUCCGCUGCUGCCGCCUUGGCUGGCGGAACGAACGGCGUGGCGCGCACGCGGCACAGCGUGCCGGAUGGGGGUGAACGGCACGGCGCGCGGGAUACAGGGCGCGCGCAGAAGACGGGGGAGGGUAAUGGCGUGGCUUUGAACGGCGGAAAAGGGGGUUUCGGUGAAAGGGAAGAGCAGAGUGGGGGGCGGCGGGGGACCUGGACUUGCGGAGAGAACCAGGGGAAGGCGGUAGGCGGAUGGUCGGAGCGGGGCCUGCGCACGUGGGAGAUACUGUGGAAGGACAGCCGGUGGGACGGGCCCAUGCGACGACUGACCUUCUCGUGCAACGCCAGCGGGUACAAGGCGAUAGAGAGCAAGAUAAGCGAGUGGGCAGCAGCAGCGCACAGCACGGCCAUCAUGAUUGACGCCAGCAAGGCCGCCAUCCGCGCCCGCUCCUCCUCCUCCGCCUCCGCCUCCUCCCUCUCCUCCUCCACUGCCCCUCACCGCCCCAGCACAGGCGGUACGGCAGUAGCAGCAGGGGCCGCAGGGACGAGCAGAGCACGAGCAGCAAACGGUGGAGUCAGCAGGGGAAGAGGCUUGGGUUUGAGGGGAAUGCUGCGGAGCCCGUCAGAUGGUGCAGUAUCAGAAAGGGGUGCAGUGGGGAUGCGCAUGGGGGCGUCACAAGAGGGGGUGGGGGGCGAGGCUGUGCCGAGUGGGGAGUCGACGGUGGGCGGGUGGGCUGUGUUCUACGGCUCCCUACCCGCCAACGACGUUGCUGCCAUUGCCAUGCCGCCACACGCCGAGCAACCACGGGAUGCAGCAGAGGAGCAGGCCCAGGGUAGGGCUCGCGAGCAGGAGGAGGAGAAGGUAGAGGAUGUGAGGAGGGGAGCUGAGGAGCAGCAAGCAGCAGCGGUGCAGGGUGUGGGGAGUGAGAGGGGCGAGAGGCCAUGUGGUGCUGGGGAACUGUUGGUGGAAGGAGGCUGUGCACGCAUGCCAGGAGGAGGGGGUGAGGAGCCGACUGUGUGUGAGGGAGAGAAAGCGGCGAAAGAGGUGGACUCGGGUGCGGUGCAAGAGAAUGGCAUGUCGGAGGAGGGGUUGAGGGGCAGUGAACCGGCAAAGGGGGGCAGCAGUUCUGGUGAGGAGAGAGAGGGGGGCAAUGGGGAGGAGGUAGUGGCGAAGGAAGAGGAGGUCCGGGAGGUGGCAGAAGAAGGGGGGGAGGAGGAGAAGGACGAAGUGGAGGAAGAGGAGGAGGAUGAGGAGUGCAGUGUGAUUCGGUGGGGUUCAGUGGCGGUGGAGGGCCGGUUCCUCCCCUCUCGGGAUGCUCCGUCGCAGCUCUUAUCCGAUGGCAACUGCAAAGCGCUGGCAGUGGCACUGCCUGCUCGCCUGCGCACGGCCCGGUGGACGCUGCUGUACAGCACUGCCAGGGACGGCAUCAGUCUGGCCACGCUGUACCGCAAAGUGGCGAAGAAGGGGCCUUCGCUGCUCAUUGUGCGCGAUUCUCGCAAGCAUGUGUUUGGCUGCUUUACAUCAGAGGAAUGGAAGGCCUCUACCCGUUAUUAUGGCAAUGGGGAGUGCUUUGCCUUCCAGGUGCGGCCUCGGCUGAUGGCUUUCCGGUGGACACGGGUGAACGCACUGUUCAUGCUCUCCAGCGCCAACUCCCUCGCUCUCGGUGGCGGGGAUCACUACAGCCUGCUGCUGCAGUCUGACCUGCUGUCAGGCUACAGUGGACCCUGUUCCACCUUUGGCAGCUGCUCCCUCUCAAGCACGGAGGACUUCAAUGUGACACAUGUGGAGUGGCGAACUCUAGUGGAGAUUUGUCUUAGUGCCAGCAGCAGCGUUGAGUCUCUCCCCUCUCGUCCGUGUGUGUCGAGGCAUAAAGGUGUCCCUUCGUCUCUCCGCUGGUCGCAACCCCACCAAGCCGCGCCAGGGUUGCGAUACUUGAGACGCUCCAACCACGGGUUGCUGGGGGCCGGCGUGCGCGCGUGGGGUCCUGACAGGAAUCCACCGCCGAGUGCGCCGUCCGUGCCGGCGGUAAACACGCGGGAAGGUGGUGUUGUAGCUGACGGGGAGGAUGGCGCGUUGGGUGAUGGGUCUCCUCACGGGCAAGGGGGGAAGGUGAACCAAGUGAAAGGUCCGGAAGGGGAGGAGGAGGUGGGGUUGGGAGAGGGUGUGGGCGAGGACCUGGGUUUGGGAUUAGAUGGAAACAGAGGGACUGAAUACAUCGUUGGUGAUUACAUUGGAGACGGUGAGUUGGAGCGAUUGGUGCGCGACAUUGCGACGAUUGAACGACAGAACGACACGAUGGUGCGGCAGGUGUCGGAGUACACGCGCAUGCUGGCGGAGGCGUCGCGGAAGCUGAGCAUGUGCGCGCAGUCGACGCGCAUCGAGGCGGCGAAGCUGAAGAAAGUCGCGCGGCUGCAGCAAGCUGCGGAGGUGCGCCGCUUGGGGGAGAUGCGCUUGGCGGCAGCGGCAGAGGCGCGCCGGCAGGAGGAGGAGCGGCGUCGGGAAAGCAUGCGCGCGGCCGCGGAGUGGCAGGCGGAGAGACUCGCCGCGCAGCAACGUGCCGCGGAAGCGGCAGCGUCUCUCUCCACAAGCGCAGCCCCGGCGGAAGCGGGAGCAGGCAGAAACGGGGCGCUUGUGCAGGGCAUGGAGAGCGUGGGGGCGGCGCAGGGGAGGGCGGACCUGCAAGGGGUUGGCGCUGCCAGUGUUGAUGCGGUGCAGGCUGCGCCUGAGGCGACGGCGGCUACUGCUGCGUCUCCCCUCACUUCUUCACCUACUAAUGCUGCAGCAGGGCAAGCAGCAGCAGUAGCAUAUCUUGAAGUCGCUGGGGCACCACCGACAGAGGCAUCAACCCCUACAGCACCACCAGGCGUAGUGGUGGCUGCAGCAGCGGCAGCAGCGGCGGCUGCUGCUUCCUCCGCUGCGCCCGCACGUGCAGUGGACGGUGCUGCGCAGGCGAGCGAAGGCGCAAUAAGAGUACCACAGGCGCAAGAAUCAGACGCAGAGGGCGACAGUGGGUCGGAAUGGAGCACAGAGGCAGUGCAGGCCUCCGAGGGGGAGGAGGAGGAGGAGGACACAUCCGUGGUGACAGAAACGACCCAGUGCUCCAUCGACCAUCCAGGCGCGCUCUCGUGUCUCACCACCACCAUCCGCAAGGACGACCGCAACCGCCAGGCCGUGGUGACCCUCGAGGCCACCGUGCAGUGCGCGGGCGACGCGUGCCUCACCUCCGCGCCGUCGCUCGGCGCGGACGACUACGCCGCGCUGGCCAUCGCCACUAUCGCGGACGCCGCCACGCAGAUGCGGCGGGAGCAGCGGCUGCAGCCGGGCGGCGAGGCGGGGGACCCGGCGGCGAGCGAGAGGAGGAGGCGGAUUGAGGAGCUGCUGGCGAAGGGGCACGUGGUGAAGGCGCGGCCUGUGGAGCCGCCGUCGAGGUUCGGCCAUGAGAGCUUCCUCGUGCGCCUGCGCUCGCCAGACACCAAGGAAGAGAUCGACGCCAUGUUCAAGCCGCGGGUGGAGGGCGAUGCUGAGGGGUGGCACAGAGCGCCAAUAGAGUGGGUGGCAUACGAGCUCAACCUGCUGCUGGGCAUGGACUACAUUCCCCCGGUGGCGUACCGCACAGGCGGAGUGGAGCUCACUCUCAGCCGCUCAUCUGACCACAGCAACUCGCAGCACCACCACCACGAGCAGCACCAGCAGCAGCAGGAGCAGCACACAGUGCGGUACGAGGAGGGCGCGUUCAUCUACUGGGUGCCACACACCAAGGAGCUGCGCAAGGUGGCGGCGGCGUCGUGGGGCGUGUCUGUGGCGCACCUGCUGAGUGACACGCGCAUCCUGGACGUGCUGCUGAACAACAGCGACAGGCACCACGGGCACUUUCUCUUCGGCCAGCACUGGACGGAUGGCACCAUGCGCCCCGUGCUCAUUGACCAUGCUGCUGGCUUUCGACGGGAGGCGGUGGUGCUGAUGGAGCAUGAGAACGCGUUUCAGACGGGGUCCAUCCGGUGUGUGAGUGCGCACACGUACUUGCGCCUGCGCUUCCUGGACCGCUCCAUCCUCGCCCUCAAGUUCAGCGGCAUGCUCAGCGAGCAGGAGAUCACCGACCUCAUCACCCGCAGGGACCAGGUACUGAGGUAUCUGGACCAUCUGGUGAAGGAGAGGGGCUACCAGCGCACUGUCGUGGAUUAG